AUGCCGCCCAAAUGCCGACUACUGUCUCUUUCCUUGAUUCCAGGCCCGACAGUCACAAAUCCAUCGCCAGUCAAAGUUGGAAAAACUGCAAAGUUCACCUGCAAUGCCGAAAAUGGAAGCGUCACGAAACCAGUAACGUACACGUGGACUAAAAAUGGCGACACUGUGUCACCAGGGACCAUUGAACGUGGUGCCCUGCUUUUCUCGCCCGUCAAGAAGAGUGAUGCCGGGAAAUAUGUCUGUGUCGCGAAAAAUGAUGCUGGAUCUUUGACAAGCAUUGAACAGGAUUUUGUUGUAUACUAUUCUCCUGGGAUAGACCCAGAUGUGAAAAUGAAGUAUGACGUGGUAGGCGAGAUGGGCAAGGAGGCAUCAUUCGAACUGUUCAUCAUCGCCAAUCCGACUCCGGACACAACCGGUUACAACUGGUCCAAAGAUGACGACAUACUGUUGAACUCAUCGCGAAAAUAUGAAAUUAUUUCUGGGCCCAGGUCGAGCAAGUUGAUAAUCAGAAACGUCAAAUCCUCCGAUUAUGGGAACUACAUGUGUUCUGUGAAAACGAGUAUAUUUCAAGUGAAGGUCUUCAAGUUUAGGCUUAUCAAAGCAGGUGUUGUUGAUGUUAGCGGUCUGGUUGGAGUCGGAGUCAGAGCUGCAGUCAUUGUAGCUAUAGCCAGCGUCGGUGUGGCAAUUGUUCUAUGGAAACGUGCACUGGUACGUCGGAGAAAGAGGCAGAGUAGACAACCCGCAAAUGACACUGCAGAUUACGAUGAUACGAGGGUUGUAUUCACAACCCCCGGAAAUAUUUCUGUAAAUGACGAUAUGGGGAGUGAUGAGUACGAAAGUUAUGCUUCUCAGCCCGAAAGCGCGGCCGGCCAAAACCCCGCAGAGCCCAGGAUUACGGGGCACCACGUUCAAGAACACGGAGUCCUUGGGGAUGCGCCUGCGUCCUCAGAUAAGGACGAGGCUGCUUACGACUAUGUGCAAAAUUACACCUUGAAGCUACAUAAAUGUGUUUUAGGUCAGAACACGAUUCCUGCUCCCAAGGUGAAUUGGGCGGAUCCUGAGUAUACCGUCCAGUACGAACUCAUGCAAAGGAGGCCAGAGUCAAUAUACACAUAUAACGACUUACCAAUCCUCUCACAGGGACCGCCAAACCGAAGCAAGGUCAAGUGUGAUUCGAGACAAGUCGAUGGAGCCGAAAAUUUGACUCCAACUCGCUCGAGUGACAAUGCGUCUCACGUUAAAGAGUCACCAUAUGCACAUCUAGAGCCAAUGGAAACGAUACAGUAUUUAGAUUUCAGUCAGCUGAGUCCGGAACAAUUGAUCGAGGUCGAUUUAUAAUUUUAAAGGAGGAACAUGGCCGUGUUCGUUCGUGGUUGUGAUGGCUGUGGUAUUGAAACGACCAGGGUUUUUGUUCAUCAAGAUCAUCUUCGUUUCUAAUGACAACACUACCCCUGACUUCCCCAGGUUUUUAUGUAUGAUCCAGUAGUUUUGUGUGUGAUGAUCAUGCCUGAAAGUAUAGUUUUCAUUCAACUUGUUAUGCUAACAUUGUGAGAACCAUCUUUGUUUACACAUUUUAGAUAUCAAUUGGUUCUGACCAUUUGGAGCGUUUUGAUUGGUUGAAAGUUUGCUACUCCAGUUGUAAUCUCCUGGAAGUUCUCACUCAUGUUUUUGGGAGUAAAGAUGAAUUCAGCACAUAAUAGAUAGAUUAUGUUAUUAAAAGCCAGGUACCUCGGGUAAUAUCAAUUGUAGGAUGUAUUGAGCAUAUUUCUAUAACCUUGUAUGUAGUUAGGAAACUUUUAUAGAGUGUUUUAUCCGAGUCGUCAACCACCUUUACUCUGGUUUUAUAGAGUUUGUACAAAGUUCGUUUUCGCAAUGCAUUGUGGGUAAGCAUCUUAUUUGCAUGCUGCUAUUUAAAUGGCAGCACCACUUUAUUUGAUCAAAUUGACUCACGCCGCAAUUAGACGCGAAUCGAUCAACUUGUGAUGACCAUGUUGUGAUGCCAAAAACCUUCUGCUGCGGAUGUUCAACAUGCAGCUAAAACUCCUGCGUAUUUCUCCUGCUUACUAGCUCAGUGGAUCACUGGGGAACCAGGAUUGCACAGGUAUUUAGAAAUCGGUAUCGAGUAUCUUUCCUAACGGGGGUCGACUCACGUGCUUUCUUUCAUGGAAACACUUUUCAUAACUGGUGGUUGCUCACAGAGUUAGUCUGCAAAAGGGUCCAGUUCGUAUCAAAUUUGCCUAAGAUAUUGUAGCGUUAUACUCGCGUAUAUCACUCCAAUAUUCCGAAAAUUACAAAACCGAAUUUCUCCCUUUUUAGAGUCUUGCAAGCUGCCAUUCAAGUUCUUUGUUCUGCCAUGCUGUUUUCGGGUCAAACUCCCUUUGCUUUGCACUUGUAUUUCUACGUGUAUUGUGAUGAUGUAAUGAUUGUGCCAUGCUGUUUGAUAAUAUGUAUUCUCACCACUGUAUCUUUGAAUGACCUUUAUGUAACCGGGUGUGAGUGGGGUGUUUUC